AUGUUCCUGCCAGACGCAAGGGGUGCCAGCGUGGAGGUGCUGACUGCGCUGCUGGACGCUGCGCCACGCGGGCGCCACCCGUGCAUCGCCGACCGCAACAAGCGCGGCCUCACCCCCCUCGGGGAGGCCGUCGCCGCCGGCCGCGCCGACAUCGCCAAAUCACUCGUGACUAAGGGUGGGGCGGAUGUGCUGGAUCGUCCCAAGGGCUGGAGCCUCCUGCACUUGGCAGCGGCCAUGGGCCAUGACUCCUGCGUCACGUACCUGCUCAGCUGCAACGUCCCUGUCAAUGAUGUGGACAACCCAGAGGCGCUGUCCCCACUGCACUGCGCGGCCCUGGCAGACAGCGUUCCCUGUGCAAAGCUCCUUCUGGGCGCCAAAGCAGACCCUGCUCUUGCAGCCUCUGACGGCAGGUUGGCCUUUGACUGCGCGCCAGAGAAGAGCGAGGCGCUAAGGAAGCUGCUGAAGACGUCCGCUGCCUCCAAACCUGCCAAGGCUUCAAGCAGCGUCCAGACUGAGAAGGAGCUCACUCCUGUGGAAGCGUUUGCGGCUCUCAGCGCAGCAGAGCAGGCGGCGCGCGUGCAUCGAUGGGCGGACAUCGAGGACGAUACCAAACUGGACGCGGCUGUGACCAACUUGCCGCAGGAAGUGAGAAAGCAAGUCAGCGACCUGCGCACCACCAUACAGAUCCUCAAGAUCCAGCGGGCCAUAAACAACCUGCACGAUGACGAUGAUUUCCAGAAGGAUGCCAGCGAGGCGCGCAUGCCGGAGGUGGUCAACGACGUGCGCCUGAACGCAGCGGCGCUGCAGAAAUAUCAGGACGACACCACGGUUAUGCAUGUUCUUAACAAGCUGCGCAGAUUCCAGAUGGUCAUUGCCGCCAACGGCCACCACAAAGUGCCGUUCGAGGACCUCAUUGUGGCGGGCCUGGUGGGCUGGAAGGAAAAGGAUCAGAACAGGGUGAGGGGCAUGAAGAUCAUGAUCGAGCGGCAGACGGCCGCAGCCGCGGCGGCCGCAUGCGCGCCGUCGGAGGAAGCCGCCAAGAAGGCGGCCGAGGCGGAACUGAUGCCGCCACCUGUCAAUCCCACCCCGGCAGCCUCACCCCCUGCCGCUGACAGCUCGGCCAGACCAGACCAGGCAUGCUCUCCAAUGCGCCUCUGA